AUGAAAAUGUCCAUAGCAUGGGCAUUUCUUCUGAUGAACAGUGAUCUCGGUGGGGCCCACAAGCUGGAGGAAAGCUGGAAAAAAAAAAUACGGAAUCUUUUAAUGGAUCCAAACAACCCAAAUUUCCGCCAACAAUUUUCUGGUUUUAGUGAUGAUUUGCUAACUAAUCCCGAGUUUCAAUUGUUCUUGCAAAGAAUGGGCAAUACGUCUUUGCAACCAUCUCCACAGUAUCAGACACCCACUCAGUUUCCCCUACGAAACCAUGUUAUUGAAGAAUGUACACCUGAAACUGUACAUGAUAGCAACACACAAUUCAAUGAGAGCGAAGAGGACAGCGUACCAGAGACGCCGCAAUAUCCUCCACCAGUUCCCGAACUGAAAUCCAACCAGGUUGUUGCACGAGCGACUCGAAUUUGGUCAGUUGCGGAAGAUGAAACUCUGAUUGGGUUGUACUUGGAGAUCAGUGAGAAUGCUAUUAAAGGCACGAGCCAGAAAGCAACUUCCCUUUGGCGCGAUGUACACGCAGCAUAUCAACUUGCUCAUGCGGAGAAGCCGCAUAUACUUCCACCAAGACCUAUGAAGAGUCUGACGUCGCACUGGAGAAGGUUGGCAGCAGACACACUACAGUGGAUAUCUUGCUAUGAUGAAGCAGGUAGACUUCCGGAGGGAGGGAGUGGUUACAACGAAGCUGACCGUAUAAAAAGUGCGUCGAAGCUUUUCCAUCUCGCCCAAGGUCGUAAUUUCGCUUUUCCUCACGCUGUUGAAAUGCUUAAUAGAGAUCCAAAGUGGAGGCCAAAGCUGAGAUGGUCCUUGUCAAAGGAGGAAAGAAAAGCUGUUCGUGAUGUUGAGGAGCAAGGUAGUGCUGGAAGUGGGAAGAGGUCCAGAGAUGAUGGAGGGGAUGAAACCCCUACGGAUGGUUUUUCAUCUGGAGGAAUACAACGACUCGAAGGUGUGAAGAAAGCAAAGGCCAAGCGUAAAGGGAAAGAAGUAGCUUCGGACAGUGGUUCGUCUGAGCUUAGCGAACGAAUGAAGGAAUUGGCAACAAUUCGCGAGAGGGAGGCCAUUCUGAAGGAAGAGCGGAUCAAAAUUGAAAGGGAGAAGGAACAGAGGAAAAGGGAGGAACUUGACAUUCAUAAGAUGAAAACCUGGUUUGAUAUGGUGCAAGCUAUGAAGAAUUCGCCUACUCCACUCACUCCUGAAGAAGAGUCGUACAAGAAUUUCUUACUGGGUAAAUUACAGGGCUUAUAA